AUGGGUGCGCUUUCCCAAUACUGCUCCGAAGUCUCAGCUAUCACGUACCACAACAUCAGCCAGCCUGGCGCAUACAACCGUACCGUCGUUGUCGACCCCCGUACUGGAAUAUGCAAUCAUGAGCGCGUCAAGUACCCGAGCGUAGGACCACUCGCUCCACUGUUUGGACAGGUGUCGAUGCAUCUACGCGGACCGAUGAACGUUUCCCAGCUUGCGGUAUAUCUACUUCCCAGCGAGGCACACUUUCUGCGGAAGCGGACUACGGUGCCAUUCUACAAUCAUCAUCGAGCGAUCGAGAAGCGAGAAUGUUUAGGUGUUGCGAUAAAUAAGACUACACCUACGUCGUCAAAACCAGACUGUCCUUGCAAUGAAGACAACGACAAAGACGACGAACACGAUCCAGUGUUUGAGCGCCCAAAUGGCCAGACGUUUGUCAUUCCCAAACCUUCCCCCAUCAAGGCUACGGUACCGGUUGAGAAGAGGCAAGGCUCCAACUGGAGUCGAGUUGCAUACUACACAUCGGCAUCACCUGCGAAAGCAACUGGAAUUAGCUUUCAAGCCAAUUUAGGAGACCCGGCCAAGUCUGGCACGUUUGAUUAUGCAUUCGGAAAUUCACUUAGCUACGUCAACUCACAAGGCACUACCGUAGCAGCACAGAGUCUACCUUUCAAUGAUGGGUGGUCGGGCUCUUCAAAAGCUUUUUUCAUUGAGUUUCAAAUGGACCACUACCCUAAUCGCGGCACCGACCAAGGGCUGCUCUCCGACGCCCCGGCAUACUGGUUCCUCAAUGCUGCAAUCCCCCGUGUCCUCCAGUACGGAAACGACCGCAACAACAUCCCCUGCUCCUGCUGGUCAACCGGCUGCGGCGAGUUUGACGCAUUUGAAUUGCUCAGCAAGGGGGCUGAACGCGCAAAAUCGACGAUGCACCGGCAAGGCAAUCUGGAAGGGGGUGAUUCAAACUACUUCAAGAGGCCGAUUGGGAAGACGAUGAAGUUUGCAGUCGUGUGGCAUUAUCCACAUAUUACGGCGAUGGUGCUGGAUGACAGGUUUGACUUUUCAGAGAGCAUGACGGAUGAUGCGAUCAAGAAACUGGUGGCGUACGACCCGGAUAGCUGGACACAUUCGCUGUUUCCUAUCGGGAACCGCAUUGCCGCCGACGGUAUCGACUUCUCCCUCCUCAUCCGCAUUAUUGCCAUCUUCCGCGCACGUCUUUACGCCCUUUCUUUUUCUUCUACGACGCUGCUCGCCCGUGCGGAACGUGACAACGCGGAUCCGCCUCUUCAAUAA